CAGGCGGAGCGGACAGCGGCCCCCCGUGGCUGGGCUGGCAGCAGGCCACCCGCACUGCGCCCUGCGCUCUGCGCUGCCUUCAUCUCUGCUCUGAGGAGCGGCGGGGUCCGGGGUCCUGUCUGGCCAUGGACACGGCCUCGUCCCCGCCCAAUGCUGAGAGGAAGCGCGCGGGUUGGGGCCGCCUGCUAGGCGCCCGGCGGGGCAGCGCGGGACUAGCCAAGAAGUGUCCCUUUUCACUGGAGCUGGCCGAAGGUGGCCCGACGGGAGGCACGGUCUACGCGCCCAUCGCACCAACCGGAGCUCCAGGGCUCGCGCCCCCCAUGUCGCCCCCUGUGUCGCCCGUCCCGGCCCCUGCAGACCUCGGCCCACGUCCGCGGGUGAGCCUUGACCCGCGCGUCUCCAUCUACAGUACGCGUCGCCCGCUGCUGGCGCGCACCCACAUCCAGGGCCGCGUCUACAACUUCCUCGAGCGCCCCACGGGUUGGAAGUGUUUCGUGUACCACUUCACCGUCUUCCUCAUUGUUCUGGUCUGCCUCAUCUUCAGUGUCCUGUCCACUAUUGAGCAGUAUGCCGCUCUGGCCACCGGGACCCUCUUCUGGAUGGAGAUUGUCCUUGUGGUGUUCUUUGGGACAGAGUAUGUGGUCCGACUCUGGUCUGCAGGCUGCCGCAGCAAGUACGUGGGCAUCUGGGGUCGGCUACGCUUUGCCCGGAAGCCCAUUUCCAUCAUUGACCUCAUCGUGGUUGUAGCCUCUAUGGUUGUCCUCUGUGUGGGUUCCAAAGGGCAAGUGUUCGCCACAUCAGCUAUCAGGGGUAUCCGCUUCCUUCAGAUCCUGCGGAUGCUGCAUGUUGAUCGCCAGGGAGGUACCUGGAGGCUCCUAGGCUCUGUAGUGUUCAUUCACCGCCAGGAGCUGAUCACCACCCUGUACAUUGGCUUUCUGGGUCUUAUCUUCUCCUCCUACUUUGUCUACCUGGCUGAGAAAGAUGCAGUGAAUGAGUCCGGCCGCAUUGAGUUUGGCAGCUACGCAGAUGCUCUGUGGUGGGGAGUGGUCACAGUCACCACCAUUGGCUACGGGGAUAAGGUACCCCAGACAUGGGUUGGGAAGACCAUCGCCUCCUGUUUCUCUGUCUUCGCCAUAUCCUUCUUUGCACUCCCAGCGGGCAUACUUGGCUCUGGGUUUGCGCUGAAGGUCCAGCAGAAACAGAGGCAGAAACACUUCAACCGGCAGAUCCCAGCCGCAGCCUCACUCAUCCAGACUGCAUGGAGGUGCUAUGCUGCGGAGAAUCCUGACUCAUCCACUUGGAAGAUCUAUGUCCGGAAGCCUGCUGGAGCCACACUUUGCUCUCCCCCCAGCCCCAAGCCUAAAAAAGUAAAGAAGAAGAAGUUCAAGCUGGAUAAGGAUAACGGGCUGAGUCCUGGAGAGAAGAUAUUCAAUGUCCCUCACAUCACUUGUGAUCCCCCAGAGGAUCGGAGGCCAGACCAUUUCUCCAUUGAUGGCUACGACAGCUCAGUAAGGAAGAGCCCUACACUGCUGGAAGUAAGCACACCCCAUUUCUUGAGAACAAACAGCUUUGCUGAGGACCUGGACCUGGAAGGGGAGACCCUGCUGACCCCCAUCACCCAUGUGUCACAGUGAGUGUCCAUUUGCCCACAACAGCUGGGGCUCAAGGGAAGUGCCCUGGCAUGGGGCAAAGCUCAUCCUCUUGCUGGAAUGCAGUCUUAUUUACCCAGUACCCAGAACUCACUGCCUAUCUUUAAGAACCUGGGGACACUGGCUGCUGGGGCUGGCCUCAGGGCUCAGGCAGGAGAGAAGAGCAGAGGCUUUCCCACCGAAUCUGGAAACACGAUCCUCUUGUUUUGACUUAUGGAAAACCAGACUGAUCAUUUUCCACUUGUUUGCAUGCUUGGAGCGUCUGAGAAAAUUGGGUUUUUUUCCCCCCCUUC